GUGCAGUGUAAAAUUUUCCAUUAGUUUUCCGAUCUUUGGAUUUUGUGACAAAUGGUUCAGCAUGGUCUGUUAAAUGCCCAUGUAGUGGUAUCUUUGAAGUAAUAAGUGUCAGAGCCAUAUGUAAAUAAUAUCAGGUGAUUGAGACUCAGAAUCAACAAUUAUGUCUGAGAAAACUUCAUCAAAUCAACCACAGCCAAUUGUUAAAAUUGGUCACUAUACACUAGGACAAACAUUAGGUGUCGGUACAUUUGGUAAAGUAAAAAUUGGAGAACAUGUUUUAACAAAACAUAAGGUUGCUGUGAAAAUUUUGAAUCGUCAAAAGAUUAAAAGUUUGGACGUUGUUGGGAAGAUUAGAAGGGAGAUACAAAAUCUGAAACUUUUCAGACAUCCUCACAUUAUUAAAUUAUAUCAGGUUAUAAGUUCGCCCACUGAUAUAUUUAUGAUAAUGGAAUAUGUAUCUGGUGGAGAAUUGUUUGACUAUAUUGUGAAGCAUGGCAAACUAAAAGAAUACGAGGCGCGAAGAUUCUUCCAACAGAUUAUUUCUGGCGUUGAUUAUUGUCACAGGCAUAUGAUAGUUCAUCGCGACUUAAAACCAGAAAAUCUAUUGUUAGAUCAUAAUCUACAUGUAAAAAUAGCAGAUUUUGGCUUGUCGAACAUGAUGAUGGAUGGAGAAUUUUUACGUACUUCUUGCGGUUCCCCUAAUUACGCAGCGCCAGAAGUAAUUUCUGGUAAAUUAUAUGCUGGCCCUGAAGUUGAUAUCUGGUCUUGUGGGAUAAUACUGUAUGCUUUACUUUGUGGUACUUUACCAUUUGAUGAUGAACAUGUACCAACACUUUUUCGUAAAAUUAAGUCUGGAGUUUUCCCCAUUCCAGAAUACCUGAAUAAAACUGUUGUAAGUCUUUUAUGUCACAUGUUGCAAGUGGAUCCUAUGAAAAGGACAACGAUUGAAGAUAUUAAGAAACACGAAUGGUUCCAAAAGGAUUUACCUUCGUACUUGUUCCCAUCACCUGUUGAGCAAGACGCCUCUGUAAUUGAUAUAGACGCAGUAAACGAAGUUUGCGAAAAAUUCAAUGUAAAAGAAGCAGAAGUUCAUUCAGCGCUGUUGGGUGGAGAUCCUCACGAUCAGCUGGCAAUUGCUUAUCACUUGAUUAUAGACAAUAAGAGAAUAGCAGACGAGGCUGCUAAGGCAGAAUUAAAAGAUUUCUAUGUGGCUUCUAGUCCACCUCCUGUUGCUUUUAGUCCUAACGAUACCAGUAGCAGCCCUUUAAGACCACAUCCAGAAAGAAUAGCACCAUUACGAGAAAGACAAAGUUCUCAAGGAAGCACGUCAUCCUCGAUACAAGGACCUCGUGGCACGCCAGUAAAACGGGCUAAGUGGCAUCUAGGUAUUCGUUCGCAAUCCAAACCGAACGACAUUAUGAACGAAGUCUAUCGAGCUAUGAAAGCUCUCAAUUUCGAAUGGAAAAUCAUAAACGCUUACAGCGUUAGAGUGCGUCAAAAGAACAAGCUGACAGACAGAUACAGCAAGAUGUCGUUACAACUUUACCAAGUUGAUUACAAAAGUUAUCUGUUAGAUUUCAAAUCCUUAUCAAACGAGGAAGAAGACAUUGGGCGAGAUCCCACACUCCCGCCACCUCAGGCAACAGGUCAUCACACUAUGGAAUUCUUUGAAAUGUGCGCAGCAUUGAUUACGCAGUUGGCUCGAUAGAUUGCUAGAAUGUCAGAAUAUCCGAGUUUAACUACGUUUAACAAUGCGUUUUAUUCUCCUUCCGUUGUGUACCAAUGCAAAUUCAUAGGAUAAAGGGAACUUUCUUAGAAGGAAAGUAACAUCAGUUUUGCAAAAAGAUUGAGUGCACGGAAGGGAAGAGUACAAUAAAUCCGUAGAAAAUCAA